UCUUCCUCGUCCCGGAGGGGGGGGGGAUGCCCCCUCUCAGUCCGAAGGAUCGCCAUCUGCGUGCGUUGAAGUGGACAGGGCGAUCCAGACUCGUGAUCUCUGCCCGCCCUUCCUCUUCCCUCUCCGUGCGAUCACGCCCACAUGGUUCCGUGUUGAUUAACCUGGAAGAAGAACCGUCGCCUCUCCUUGGUUGUAAUCACUGCUCACAUUUACCUCAUAGUUGCCCUCCCUGAAGGGAGAGGAACCGUUGCUCUUUAUGCAGUACAGGAGGUCUUCAGAAAAGCCCAACCAAAGCUAUAUAGAAUUGCAACUUGGAUUGUGCAGGCGGAGUUAAUCAGUUGCACUAGAAGAUGGGGAAAAAAAGCCGAGUGAAAACACAGAAGUCAGGUACUGGAGCUACAACAGCUGUCUCUCCAAAGGAGAUAUUGAAUCUGAUUAGUGAAUUGUUACAGAAAUGUAGCAGCCCAACUCCCGGUCCUGGAAAAGAGUGGGAGGAAUAUCAGCAGAUCCGAGCUCUUGUUGAGAGAAUUCGUAAAAAGCAGAAAGGUUUAUCUAUUAUAUUUGAUGGAAAAAGAGAAGAUUAUUUCUCUGAAUUAAUAAAAUGGGCUGGAGAGAAUGGUGCAGCCACAGAUGGUUUUGAAGUAGCUAAUUUUGGAGAAGAGGGUUUUGGAUUAAAAGCAACACAAGAUAUAAAAGCAGAAGAACUUUUUCUCUGGGUUCCCAGAAAAUUGUUAAUGACCGUAGAGUCAGCUAAAAAUUCAAUCCUGGGUUCUCUAUAUUCUCAAGAUCGAAUUCUCCAAGCUAUGGGCAAUAUCACAUUAGCUUUUCAUCUUCUCUGUGAACGAUACAACCCUAAUUCCUUCUGGCUACCUUAUAUCCAGACCCUCCCAAAUGAAUAUAAUACUGCUCUUUACUUUGAGGAAGAUGAAGUUCAAUAUCUUCAGUCAACUCAGGCCAUACACGAUAUUUUUAGCCAGUAUAAAAAUACUGCCCGACAAUAUGCCUAUUUCUACAAAGUUGUACAGACCCAUCCUAAUGCCAGCAAACUGCCAUUAAAGGAUUCUUUCACUUACGAUGAUUACAGGUGGGCAGUUUCCUCAGUCAUGGCUCGACAAAACCAGAUUCCUGCUGAGGAUGGCUCUAGGGUUACAUUAGCUCUGAUACCUUUAUGGGACAUGUGUAAUCACACCAAUGGACUGAUUACUACAGGCUACAAUUUAAAAGAUGAUCGUUGUGAAUGUGUGGCACUUCAAGAUUUUAAAGCUGGUGAACAGAUUUACAUUUUUUAUGGCACUCGGUCAAAUGCUGAAUUUGUGAUCCACAGUGGAUUUUUCUUUGAUAAUAAUUCACAUGACAGAGUGAAAAUAAAGCUUGGAGUAAGUAAAAGUGACAGGCUGUAUGCUAUGAAGGCAGAAGUCUUAGCUCGUGCUGGAAUCCCAACUUCCAGUGUUUUUGCUUUGCAUUCAACGGAGCCUCCAAUCUCUGCUCAACUACUGGCUUUUCUUAGAGUAUUUUGUAUGACUGAAGAUGAGCUGAAAGAACACUUGAUAGGGGAGCAUACUAUUGACAGAAUCUUCACCCUUGGUAAUUCAGAAUUUCCAGUGAGCUGGGACAAUGAGGUGAAACUCUGGACUUUCCUGGAAGCCAGGGCAUCUCUUCUCUUGAAAACCUACAAGACUACUGUUCAAGAUGACAAAUUCAUUUUGGAAACACAAGACCUUACCCGUAACGCAACUAUGGCUAUUAAAUUGCGUUUAGGAGAAAAAGAAAUUUUGGAAAAAGCAAUAAAAAGUGCUACUGCUAAUCGGGAGUACUAUAGCAAACAAAUGGCAGAAGAAGCACCCCUUCCUAGAUAUGAAGAAAGUAAUGUUGCCUUGCUGGAGAACACUGUGGCAGACUCGAGCCUCCCAAUUGUCCUGAGAAAUUUGGAUGAAGAGACAGAGGAGCCACAGGAUCUAAAGAUUGAGGAAAGCAUUGGUGCAGAAGCAAAUGGAUUUGUGAAUGGGGACAGUUCUUUGCUUAAUAGGACCAAAUUGGAAAAUGAAAAGCUAAAUCAAGAAGAAAGCAGCAGAGAGACUGAGGAUACCAAAGAAUCUUCUUCAGACAGUACUGAUGAGGUUAAGGAAUAGCUCUAAAUCAUUCUGGUUUUAUUGUGACAUGGAAAACUAGCAGGUGUUCUUAUUCUCCUCUUUGAACAGUAAUUUACAUUGGUGUUUUCUUAACAUUUCUUUCUGCAGAGGAAUGAGGGGUGCUUUUUAACAAGAAAAAAAGUUUUAAGUUAUUUAAAAGAUUUAGCAUCCCUUUUCUAUUAAGAUUGCCAUCUUGCUUUUGGAAUCCAGGAAUAGGGCAAGAGAAAAAUACCAUUGGAACAUUGUGCAGUCCUUGGUUGAGAAAAUCCAUAUACUUCCUAGGGAAGAGGUCAACCUCAUCUGCUGCUUUUCUGUUCUGUUUAUUCUGACUUUUAAAAUUCAAAGCUUGUUGCCCAAGGAAGUGAUAGGAUUUACUUUUGCUAAAAACUGAAAGCAGAAGAGAAUAGGGAAUGGAUAUCAAGAUUAAGAAAAGCUAGGAAAGAGUCAGAUAUGCUGCUCCCUAAACAGUAAUGUGGCAAUCUUAUUUUUAUUAGGUUUUAAAUAUCAGUAAGAAUACCUAUUUUAUUCUAAUUAUAGUGGUUUUUAAGAAUGUUGAUUUAUUUUGUGGUUUGUUUUACUGUAUGAGAAGUUUCAUUCUCCCUCUUUGCUCCUCCUUUCUCCUCCUCCCACCCCCCAAAAAUCAAAGUUUGCAACUAUGGUACAUCCUCCACUUUAUUUUUAAGGUGUAACUUUUAUUUUGAAAUGGCACUGUUAUAUUUGGUGAAGAAAAAGUGAAAGUGGAUCAUUCAGCCCAUGCCUUUAAACUGUGUUGUUCAAAGUGAGAUUGCUCCCCAGCUUUUUCAGAUUUUCAAAUAAGUAGAGAUUUUCAGAGCAACACUUUUGACUAAGAAAAUUAUUAAAAGUGAAACCUUACUAAUGUGUCUGCUACUUUUCAUUAAUACUGCAUGGCUUAACAUGCUAAAUUGUACACUAAUUCUAAAUUUCUGCUUGCAGUUUUAGGGGAGUUAAAGGAGAUUUAUUUUCAGAAGACUGCUAGAUCACACCCAGAAUAUACAAAUUAGCCUGGUCCAGAAGAAAAAUGGAAAUAUUUUGUGUAUCUUAGAAUGUUCCAUCUCCCAAAAAUACAUUUUGUGAAUUCCUAAUAUGCAGAAAUAUUUUUGGCUUUGUGGAUCUUUAAAGUCUGUUCUUUCAGAGCACAGUCUAGAGUUUUGACUCUAUCAAAUCAGCAGUGUUUAACUGCAGAGAUGAGUGGAACAGUUUUUUAAUAUGUCAAAAUGCUUUUAAUUUUGGUAUAUUUUUGAGUGCACCCUUGUCACUUUAUGUUUAAAAAGUGUAAUUUUUAAGGUCCCAGACAGAAUAGGCCAAGCUCUGGAACCCUAAAGCAAAGAAACCUGAAAUUGAAACAUCACAAUUUUAAUGCAUUUUCUUUGAGUUAUAUUUCUAACUUGUGCAAUUUUAAGCAGAACUAAUAUUUUGUCCUUCACUGCUUUGAAAAUGGCCUUCAAAGGAUAUAGGAGCAGUUUUAUCAAGUAAGCUCAUAAAAACUUUGCUUAGUCUCUGAAAGAAAGAAAAAGAAUUGAAUCUUUAGUGUAUGAGUUUGGAAAUUCAGUUAUAAUGAAUAUAACUCCAUGUAUUUUCCUAAGAUUAGCAGAAGCCAAAAUAAACAAAUAUAUGCAAAUUU